AUGGAGGGAAAGUAUUCGGGAUGGGUGUACCUACGGAAUAAAACAUGGAAUCUUUAUGACCCUGAAAUGAAUACGUUCACCCUAACUAAUCAAGAAUGGGAAGAUUUUUUCAAGGGACAUCCAAAGGCCCGAACAUUGAAGACAUCACCAUUGAUAUACCCUGAUUUAUGCAUAGCUUUGUUCGAGGGGACUUCUGCUACUGGAUCUCGUGCGUAUUCCCCUAGUUCAACCCGUGAGAGGAUUAUGAUUUCAUCUUCAUCAUUUACAUCCAAUAUCCCUGCUACUCAAGAAACUGAAAACGAGGGGGAUGGAGAUGAGGAGGAAGGACCUUCCGUCAAUAUUGCAAGCACAACUCCAUCUAGACCGAAGAAGAAGACUAAAACCAAGGUCGACAUGGAUGAAUUGGCUCUAGAGAUGAGGGGUGCACUUCAAACACUUGUUACACAAAAUGCCUCAAACCUAAGUGCUCGUAUGGAACGGUUGAACACUCUUGACCUUGAUAAAAGGGAUCCUCUUUAUAGAGCARYCRUUGACAUUUUUGGGCAGUCAACGUUAUUAAGAGAGACAUGGUUGACGAUCCCUUUAGACGCUGAAGAAUUAACAGAUUGGAUUUCAAGGACGGCAAGACGAUUGGGCUUGAUGGAUUAG